GGGGCUCAUGGGGCCUCGCACACGCGUCGGCCCUGGUGUCCCGGCCUCAGACAAUGUCAUGAGACCACUGUGAUGUCACAAGACCACUGUCAUAAGACCACUGUGAUGUCAUAGAACCCAGACGAUGUCAUGAGACCACUGUGAUGUCAUGGAACCCAAACGAGACCAUGAGACCAUUGUGAUGUCAUAAGGCCACUGUGAUGUCAUGGAAUCCAGACGGUGUCAUAAGACCACUAUGAUGUCAUAAGACCACAGUGAUGUCAUAAGACCAUGAUGAUGUCAUGAGGCCAUUGCGAUGUCACAGAGCUCAGAUGAUGUCAUAGAAUCUACAUGAUGUCAUGAGAUCACUGUGAUGUCAGAAUACAGAUGAUGAUAUGAGACCACUGUGAUGUCAGAAUACAGAUGAUGUUAUAAGACCACUGGGAUGUCAUAGAAUACAGAUGAUGUUAUGAGACCACUGGGAUGUCAUAGAACUCAGAUGUGUGAUGUCAUAGAACUUAGAUGAUGUCCUGAGACCCCUGUGAUGUCACAGAGCCCAGAUGAUGUCCUGAGACCUCUGAGACUCCGACUCCUCCUUCCCUUCCUCCUUCUCCUCCUCCAACUUGUCCUUCAUCCUCUUUCCAUUCCUCCUCCUCCUCCUUCCCUAGUUCCUAAUCCUCCUCCUCCUCUUCCUCCUCCUCCUCCUUCUCCUUCUCCUCUUCAUCUUCCUUCUCCUCCUUCUCCUCAUCCUCGUGGUCCUCCUCCUCCUCCUCCUCUUCCUCCUCCUUCCCUUCCUCCUCCUCCUCCUUUUCCUCUUCCUCCUCCUCCUUUUCCUCCUUCCCUUCCUCCUCCUCCUCAUCCUCCUCCUCCUCGUCCUCCUCUUCCUCCUCCUCGUCCUCUUCCUCCUCCUCCUACUUCUCUUCCUCCUCCUCCUCUUCCUACUCCUACUCCUUCUCCUCCUUCUCCUCCUCCUCCUUCUCCUUCUCCUCCUCCUCCUCCUUCUCCUCCUCAUUCACCUCCUCCUCCUUCUCCUCCUUCUCCUCCUCCUCCUCCUUCUCCUCCUCCUCCUCCUCCCCCUCCUCCUCCUUCUCCUUGUCCUCCUUCUCCUCCUUUACCUCCUCCUCUUCCUCCUUUUCCUCUUCCUCCUCCUCCUUCUGUUCCUCCUCCUCCUCUUCCUCCUUUUCCUCCUCCUACUUUGCCGCCUCCUCCUCCUUAUCCUCCUCCUGGUUCUCCUCCUCCUUCCCUUCUUCCUCCUCCUUCCCUUCCUCCUCCUCCUCCUCUUCCUCCUCCUGCUCCUCCUCCUCCUCCUUCUCCUCCUCCUCCUCCUAUUCCUCCUUUUCCUCCUCCUUCUUCUCCUCCUCCUCCUUUUACUCCUCCCCCUCCUCCCCCUCCUCCUCCUCCUCCUCCUCCUCCUCCUCCUUAUUCUCCUCCGCUUCCUCCUCCUUCUCCUCCUCCUCCUCGUUCUCCUCCUCCUCGUUUUCUUCCUCCUCCUUCUCCCCCUCCUCCUCCUUCUCCUCCUCCUCCACCUCCUCCUCCUUCUUAUUCUCUUCCUCCUCCCCCUCCUCCUCCUUCUCCUCCUACUGCUCCUCCUCCUCCUCCUCCUUCCAGUCCUCCUCCUCCUCCUCCUCCUUCCAGUCCUCCUCCUCCUCCUCCUCCUUCCAGUCCUCCUCCUCCUUCUCCUCUCCCUCUUCAUCCUUCUCCUCCUCCUCCUCCUCCUCCUCCUCCUCCUCCUUAUUCUCCUCCGCUUCCUCCUCCUCCUCCUCCUCCUUGUCCUCCUCCUCCUCCUCGUUUUCUUCCUCCUCCUUCUCCCCCUCCUCCUCCUUCUCCUCCUCUUCCUUCUCCUUCUCCUCAUUCUCUUCCUCCUCCUCCUCUUCCUCCUCCUCCUCCUCCUCCUCCUCCUCCUCCUCCUCCUCCUCCUUCUCCUCCUCCUCCUCCUCCUCCUCCUCCUCCUCCUCCUUUUCCUCCUCCUCCCCCGUCUCCUUUUCCUCCUCCUCCUCCUCCUCCUUUUACUCCUCCCCCUCCUCCCCCUCCUCCUCCUCCUCCUCCUCCUCCUCCUCCUUCCCUUCCUCCUCCUUCUCAUCCUCCUCCUCCACAUCCUCCUCCUCUUCCUUCUCCUUCUCUUCCUCCUUGACCUCCUCUUCCUCCUCCUCCUCCUUCUCUUCUCCUCCUCCUCCUCCUUCUCCUCCUCCUCCUUCUCCCCUCCAACUGUUCUUCCUCCUCCUCCUUAUUCUCCUCCGCUUCCUCCUCCUUCUCCUCCUCCUCCUCGUUCUCCUCCUCCUCGUUUUCUUCCUCCUCCUUCUCCCCCUCCUCC